UUCCUAGAUGAGACACGAUCCGCAGUCAUCACAGCCUGCCUCUUCCACUCGAUGAGGGGUUCAUUAUAUGCAGCAUUGACCAAUCAGAGGAGGCUGGCUGAUGCAAUAUGUCCGACGUUGCAGAGGAACACGUCCGGUGAGGAGAAACUGCAAAAUCCAUUGGUGGGCCAGACCUGCAUCUGAUGAGAUGACGGGAGAUAAGGCGUGUUGCGCCCGAAGAAGAGCAUCUGAGUUAGCCAGCGUUCGGUUUCGGUAUGGCGGGGCACCCUGGAUUCUACACUUUUUGUAUAGUAUCGAUGUACCGCGGCGGUGGGUAUAGAAUCAGGAUGCAAACGCCGUUACAUACAUGACCAGUUUACGGCCUAUGUCAUUUCUUUGCUCGACAAUCUCAAAUGAGCUAUGGACUGGGUACGGCAACGAUGGGAAAUGUCCGAGGUAGACCUCAACAUAUUCCAGUUCGAUAAUAGGAGAAGCCAAGUCUUGAGUCUAAAGUUAAACCAUGAGGGCAAGAAUAUAGCUCAAUGUGAUGAUAUCAAAUCUGAAGAACAGUGGUCAGAUUGGCUGCAGAAAGAAAAACAAGCUGGCGAUAUAUUUAGUCAUAGCACAAGGGUCCUGUAAGAAACCCUGGAUUAUAUGAGGGCAUUAGUAACCGUCAACAGAUUGGGAUGCCGUCUACACGACGA